AUGUAUCAAAAAGAACUUUUACCAGCUCGUUCUUCUUAUCACAAGCGUGCCAAGAUAACGUGCUUUUCAUUACGUUCAAGUUCCUUUUCAAGAUUUUUUCGUUACAUAACCCUCAUCUCACUUUCAUUUCUCUUAUUUGCCACAUAUUACUUGAAACAACAAACCAUACUCCAAAUUUCAAACGAUACUUUGCAUACUUCUUUUGAAGAUAUAAAUUUUAAAGACACGGGUGUCUUGAAAGGUCAUACAUAUAUAGAGUUAUUACAUUUAAAUUCAACCUGGAAUUCGACUUCAUAUCACGAUGUACCAGUAACAAUAGUAAUCAUUCAUGAUAAUAAAGAUAAUCAUAUCGGAAAACAAUUGAAUGCGAUAGCAUCUCAAUCAAUUAAACCCGAAUCAAUUUUAAUAAUUACUACAUCCGAAAAUGUAAAUAGAAUAUUACAGGUAAAAAAAUCGGCAAAAAACUUAGAAAUCCACGUUAUAAAUAACAACAAUGAUAUAAAACCCUUUACAUAUUUACAAAUCAUUCAACAAAAAGCUCAAACGAAAUACGUUUUAUUAUUAAAUUCUGGUGCGAUAUUAGGAGAGCAAUACUUACAAAAUAUGUUGCACAUAUCUCAUACCGAGGAGUAUAAUAAUUCUAUAUUAGGUACGAUGGGGAUCAAUUUUAAUGGUGUUCCCAACCGGGUUCAAGACCUUUCGCUAACUUGUUAUGAGGAUCAUCUUGUAUCUUCCGAGAAUAACGUCGCACGUAUAUCAAAAGACGUCGAUAUGUUAACAAAUAUUUGGUUUCUAAAAAGAAAAUGGUUACCAAUAAUGUUCAAGGAAGCUAGAAGGGACAUUCUUGACCUUCCAUUAGAAUUUUUGAUUAGUUUCUCCCUUCGAUAUCAUGUUAACAUACCUUCGAUUUUAAUUCCUACACUUGAUCAACAUUCGUGGGGUGAUACCCGUUCAAAGUCAAUUCAUUGCAAGAAAAUAAGAAGAGAAUUUGUAAAUGAUGAUGCUUGGUUACGUUAUAUUGAACGUGGGUAUCCUUUAAUUACAAAAGAACCUUUUCGAAGGAAGGAGAAUAGCAUAUUAUUUCUCCUUGAAGGAUCUGAUCAAGAAAGAUAUUUUAGGCCACUUUAUUGUCAAUUAUCAUUAGUGGAUAAUAACUUGGUUAAAAUCAUUACGACGGGAGAGAAUUUUGGAUUAAGUGGAUCAAGAUUAAAACGCAUCAUCAAAAAAAAAGGAUCAUCAUGCGGACGUAUUGAAGUGUAUGAUCUUGAUCUUGAGAUACAAAAUGAUUUUAAUGUUAAAAGUCAAAUCUAUCAAAAUGUUUUACGUAUGACGGAAUACCUAAAACCGGAAUUAUUGAUUUAUGCAAAAGUAACCACGAAAAAUCUCCUAAUGAAAGGGAUUUCAUCAGCGAUCGAAGGAUUUAAUGGCGAUAUAUCAAUAAUUAAUUUACCAUUAGAAGAAAUCGCACACAUAAUAGGAUUGAUGAUAGAUUUACCGUUUGAAGCGUUAAAGAAAUGGAAUGAACCAAUAAUUCAAUUACAAAUAAUAACACAAAAUCGACCGGAUUCAUUAUCAAGAUUAGUUAAUUCUUUAAACUCAUCCUAUUAUUUUGGUGAUGAGAAUAUUCCUUUAACGGUAAACAUUGAUAGAGGAGCUGAUCCUGUCACCUUGGAGUAUUGCUCAACUUUCUCAUGGAACCAUGGUAAAAAAACCGUUCGUCAUAGGGUGGUUCAAGGUGGAUUAUUACCUGCCGUGGUAGAAUCCUAUUAUCCUUAUAAUUAUCAUGAUUAUGCCGUUCUAUUAGAGGAUGAUAUCGAAGUGUCUCCAUUCUUUUAUCUUUGGAUCAAGUAUAAUUUAUUAAAAUAUCGUUACGGACCCGAUAAAAAUCACAGUCAAAGAUUAUAUGGUAUCAGUUUAUAUGGACAAAGACAAAUGGAAUUGAAUAUGCUUGGUCGUAAACCUUAUGAUCCUGAAUCCAAAUUUAAUGGGACGAAUUUCCCCAUCAGAUCUCCUUAUUUAUCUCAAAUACCUUGUAGUUGGGGCGCCAUAUAUUUCCCUGAGGUUUGGAGAGAAUUUCAUGAUUAUCUUGCCGAAAGAUUAGAUGAUGAAACGAAAUAUCAUUUACAAUCAAUCAUAGUACCGGAAAGUCGUUCUUAUAAAUGGAAGAAAUCUUGGAAGAAAUAUUUUAUUGAAUUGGUUUAUUUAAGAGGUUACGUUAUGUUGUAUCCAAACUUCAAAAACUUUACCAGUUUUUCUACUAAUCACGCCGAAAUCGGUACACAUAUUCAAUUUCGAAAAAAUAAACCCGCUUAUUCCACUAUAUUUGGUGUUCCAUUGAUGAUGGAAAAUACUAUUUAUAAGGAAUUACCCGAUAAUCACCUAGCCGAUUUUAAUCAAUUACCCGUAACUGAUCUUUGGGGUAAUCUAACUAGUUUUCAUGAAUUAAUUGAUCGUGGUAUUACACUUCAUAAUAAAGUUUCUUUAUGUCCUCCUCAUUUCAGUAGAGAAAUUGAUCAACUUAAUUUUAGUCCAAAGGAUAUUUUAUGUGUGGAUGAGGAGAGGAAACGAAAAGCUAUUCGGGAUUAUAAAGCAUUUGAAAAAAGUCAAGAAAAUGUUCCAUCAAUGCCAAAGACGACAAAAGUUUAA